AUGCCAUACCGAGUGCAGAUCAGAUUCGUAUAACAACAUCUUUGAAAAGCCAAAGAGGAUCAGUGUGGACAAAAAACAAGUCAAUAUUUGAAUAUUGGGAAGUUGAAGUGACCUUUCGAGUUACAGGAAGAGGCCGCAUUGGAGCUGACGGAUUGGCAGUCUGGUUUACAGAAGAGCAAGGCUUGGAAGGUCCUGUUUUCGGGGCAGCUGAUAAAUGGAACGGUGUUGGAAUUUUCUUCGAUUCAUUUGACAAUGAUGGAAAGAAAAACAAUCCUGGAGUGAUUGUUGUAGGCAACAAUGGAAAACUUCUGUAUGACCAUCAGAAUGAUGGUUCCACGCAAGCAUUGGCAUUCUGUCAGAGGGACUUUCGUAACAAGCCCUAUCCUGUUCGAGUAAAGAUAACAUACUACCUAAAAACGUUGACUGUAUUAAUUAAUAAUGGCUUUACUCCGGAUAAAGAAGACUAUGAAUUUUGUGCGAAAGUGGAAGACAUGGUGUUGCCAUCACAAGGAUAUUUUGGAAUAUCUGCAGCAACAGGGGGACUUGCAGAUGAUCAUGAUGUCCUGUCUUUUCUGACCUUCCAGUUGACUGAGCCUGGGAAGGAAGUAAGUGAUGCAGAAAUUCCUCAGCAAGAUAAAGAGAAGUAUCAAGAAGAAUUUGAACACUUUCAACAAGAAUUGGAUAAAAAGAAAGAAGAAUUUCAAAAGGAACAUCCUGAUGUGCAAGGGCAGCCAGCGGAUGAUCUUUUUGAAACUGUAAGUGAUCGUGAACUGAGGCAAAUCUUUGAGGGGCAGAAUCGAAUUCAUCUUGAAAUCAAACAGCUUAAUAGGCAAUUGGACAUGAUUGUGGAUGAGCAGAGGAGAUACGUCUCUGCAGUCACAGAUGAGAUUGCUAAAAGAGCAGCUGCUUUUCCAGGUCAACAAGGACAGGUUUCCCAGCAAGAGAUUGAGACAGUUGUGAAAACUCAAGAAGAGGUCAUUAGACAAGUAAAUGAAAUAAGAAAUUCCAUGGCUGAUACUCUGAGGUUGAUCAGUGGAGCUCAACAUCCUGGCUCUGCUGCAGGAGCCUAUGAAACGACUCAGCACUUCAAUGACAUCAAAGAACACCUUCAUGUAGUAAAGAGGGACAUUGAGCAUUUAGUACAACGAAAUAUGCCAUCUAGUGAGAAAUCGAAGUGUCCGGACUUGCCACCGUUUCCAUCAUGCGUAUCUACAGUGCACUUCUUCAUAUUUGUAGCGGUGCAAACAGUGUUAUUCAUUGGUUAUAUCAUGUAUAGGAGUCAACAAGAAGCAGCAGCCAAAAAGUUCUUUUGAUGACCUGUUCCUUUUGUGUGUACAUAACAGCAGUAUGUAUGCACAGAAAAUUAUACUCUUCUGUAAAUGAGGGAAAUUUGAGUGUUUGAUAUAUUUCAAUAUUGUAAAUUAUUGCAUUUUGUUAAACAAAAUGAGUUCUCAUUUAAACUGGUAAUGCUAAAGUUAAAAACAGACUGGGGAGCAGCAGAGCAAAUGCUAGAUAGUGGAAGACUGCAGACCCUAUCUAGGUCUAUGUUUUCAGCUAACUUUCUCAUAAAUACUGGAAGGCAAAUGCCGUAUUCCUCUUCUUUUAUUAAGAUUCCAGAGGAGGGAAUUGAAACACCCAGGUUUUGUGGUUGUU